AUGCACGCAUAUGUUUUCUCCACCGUCUUGGGGCUACUUGCUUCGGUCGCCAAGGCGGCGCUGUAUGAGACCGUGAUCCAAACCCCCAAUGGCCCUGUCCAGGGUUAUCCGGCCUUUAAUAGCAGUGUUGCCGGCCUGAAUCUUACCAACUGGCAAAAAGUCACUGUCUGGAAAGGUAUCCCUUUUGCCGCCGACACAUCGGGGAACAACCGCUUCCGUCCUCCUCAAAACGUCACAGCUUGGAACGCAACUCGAGACGCCAAGGACUAUGGAUACUCUUGUCCGUCAUCCGGCACCACUUACGCCACGAUUGGCGAAGACUGUUUGAACGUUAAUGUUUGGAGCGCAGCUAACUCUACGGAUGACAAGCUGCCUGUUGUCAUGUGGAGCUAUCCUGCCGGCGGAUCUAACGCUGAUCCUCGUUUCGACGGCGCUGGAUUGGCCGACAAAGGUGUUGUUUUUGUCAAUUACAACUAUCGUACCGGCCCAACCGGCUGGCUUGUGUCCCCUGAGUUGACAGAGGAAAACCUAGCCACUAUCGGCCUCAAUAGCUCGGGAAACUGGGGCAUGCUGGAUCAGUUUGCUGCUCUACAAUGGGUACGGGACAAUAUUGCUUCCUUUGGUGGUGACCCUGAGCACAUUACUGUUAUGGGCCAAUCGGCUGGUUCCGCUGCGACUUAUCACAUUCUAAACAGUCCCUUGACCAAAGGCAAGAUUGUCGGCGCAAUCAUCCAAAGUGGUCUUCGCGAUCCUCAUGAUCCAUCCGCUGUCGAGCUGGCUGAAGGCUACCAGACCUACGACGUUGCCGAAGAAUACGGUGUCUCCUUUAUGGAAAGCGUCAAUUGUUCCACGAUUAGCUGUAUGCGCUCCUUGCCGAUGGAGACCCUCGAUACUUCUGAGUUUGGAGGUACAUCUGGCGCAUCUUUCAAGGGAACUCUCGACUAUUACUGCAUGCCUGAUACUUACCUGAACACGCUCAAGCUUGGUCUAGCUCACGACGUUCCUAUAAUGACCGGUAAUACAAAGGACGAAAGCGGCGCUUCUUAUGGGCUAAAUAUCACACUCGCGACAUACCUCUCGAGCUUGAAUAGCACUUUCGCCAGCUUUGCGGACAAAUUCCUCGAAGCUUACCCGGCCAACGACUCUGUCACUGCUUCUGCUGCCCAGAAUGCACAGUACACGGAUCGUUCCACGGUUGGCACGCAAUUUUGGGCCAACUACUGGCUGAGCAACAGAACUAGCCCGGUGUGGACCUAUUUUUGGGAUCAUGCUCCUCCGGGACAAAACGCCGGCGCUGCCCACAUGACGGAGAUUCAGUAUACGCAGUACAAUCUCUACAAUGUGUACUACGGUGAAUGGGAGGAAGAGGACUAUGAGAUUGCUGAAAAGAUGAGCAACUACUGGGUUAACUUUAUUAAAUACGGCAACCCCAAUGGCGAUGGUUUGAUUUACUGGGACAAUGUCAAUGCCAGUACAACCACAACUCAGGAGCUUGGAGAUGGUUGGGGGCCCAAGAUCAUUGCACAUGAUGAUCAAAUUGCGCUCUUCGAGUCCUGGCUUGCUUCGCUGGCGGCCAUUUAA